UUUUGUCCAGCGCGCUGUGUCUGCCUCUCCGCUGACAACUCCCAGUUCCUACUUUCUCUGUGUGGCUGAAACUGAGUCAUCCCUGGCCGUUUUAACGAAAGAGCGAGGAUGGAGGAUUCUGACUUCACAGGAAUAAGCUCCACGACGCCGUCAGUGGAUGAGCUACUUCAGCCAGGGCACGAGUACGGAACCACCGACGAGGCCACUUCUAAACUGUUUGACGAUGCUGCAGACUACUUGAUAGACACAAGAGAAGAGGAGGCCACGCCGAAAGAAUACAAUUACGACGACGACAUUUUGGAUCUGGCUGGCGGCGCGCAAGAUGCUCUCGAGAGGCACAUGUCCACGUUACCGCGCGAAGCGGAGCCUGUUGCAGAGUCGUUUUCGGACCCAAGUCCGGAGCCGGAACCGGAGCCAGAGCCUGAACCAGAGCCAGAACUAGAGCCAGAGUCCACAGUGCCAGAACCCGAGCCUGAACCCCCGGCACACGAACUGAUCAGUGGCUUAGGUGAUGCCAGUAAACUUUCAAAAGCGGAAGAUGCGCCCAAAAAAGAAGAAAGCCCCGCCGCCGCCGUUGUAACACCAACGUCCACAAAGAAAUCAGGCCCAUUGGUGGACCUACUGUACUGGCGUGACACCCAGAGGUCGGGGGUGGUGUUUGGGGCCAGCCUGUUCCUGCUGCUGUCCCUGUCGGUGUGCAGCAUCGUCAGCGUGCUGGCCUACGUGGCGCUGGCCCUGCUCUCCGUCACCAUCACCUUCCGCAUCUACAAGGGCAUCCUGCAGGCGGUGCAGAAGUCCGAGGAGGGACACCCCUUCAAGAUGUACCUGGAGCAGGACGUGAGCGUGCCGAGUGACCUGGUGCACAAGUACAGCGAGGGGGCGCUGCGCCACCUCAACACCGGCAUCAAGGAGCUGCGACGCCUCUUCCUCGUCGAGGACCUCAUCGACUCCCUCAAGUUUGCCAUCCUGAUGUGGAUUCUCACCUACAUCGGUGCCUUGUUCAACGGCCUCACUCUCCUCAUCAUGGGUCUGGUUGGAGUGUUCAGCUGGCCAAUCAUCUACGAGAAGCAUCAGACCCAGAUUGACCAUUACUACGGGAUGGUGACCAGUCAAGUCAAGGAUGUCGUCGGAAAGAUUCAGGCCAAAGUCCCUGGAAUGGCGAAGGCGAAGGCAGAAUGAGAAGAUGGAACUUGAGCUGGUGUGCGCGCGCGUGUGUGUGUGUGUCUGUGUGCGUGCACAUGAGUGUCUGUGACUUGUCUCUGUCCCUGUUUUGGGAAGUGUGUGCGUGUGUGAGAGUGAUGGAGGCAUUGUGUGUGUGUGUGUGUGUUUGAGAUGGAGGGGAGAGAAAGAUCGAAACGUAGCAAGUUGGUGCGAUUUGAAAGAGGGAGAAGAACAGCAAGGCCUUUCGACAUUGUAAUGUAAAAAGCAAAACAAAACCUGUAUUUCUGUUUGUUCUGUUUCUAGAUGUUUCUUUACCUCCUCCAGUCCCAUGAUGAGAUGAGAUUACCCCCCCAUGCUCUAGUCUGUCUGAUGAUCAGUCUGUUUCUGUCAAUGCCAGCUCAAGACGUCAUGCUUCACCGUAACUUAAAAUAAAUAAGGAAAUAAAACUUACAAAAAAUAAUAAUAAAGAAAUAGCAGCUCUUUGUUUUCUGUCUUUGUAACACCAGUAAGGCGUGUUUUAUCUCAAACCUGCUUUCACCACACUUUGUCACAAGGGAAAUGUUCAUCUGAGAUGAAAGUUGUUUGUUUUUGUUUUUUUCUUUUCUUUUUGCGGUUAUCCCAGGUGCAUAGUUAUUGGUUUCACAUAAGCGUUAGCGAAGUUAUCAUUUUGUUCUUAAAGGGACUGAAAAGGCAUACAGGGGAUAACGAGGCUUAAUGUGCAAAAGUCAUAUUUUUUUUUCUAUUGUCUAUGAGGGUGGCGGAAUGCAAUUGACACGGUGCUUGUUUUUUUUCCUCCAUCACAUUUGCCAUUUUAGUAAGUGAGUCCACGCAAGACGAAAAACUGGCUGUAGUUUCCAGCACUUGAGUGUUUGAUGGUGUCAUUUUUUAAAAAGUCUUUCAGUCAGUUGCCCACUUUCUUCUGGUUGUUGCUGUCAUUAAAUUUAAGAAACAUUCUAGUUUUUUGUAUUAUUUGUUUUGAUUUCCUUUGCGUGGCUGAACUGCACAAAAAAUUAAAAAGUGAAGCCUUCCACUUCUUCCUGUGACCCUAUUGCAGCUGAUCUAGAAACGAGUGGAAGAAACAAUGAAAACCAUUGAGGGAAAAAAAGGAGAAAAAAGUUUACAAAAGCAUGGCGGCAUUGCUUGUUUCUCUCUCUUUUUUUAAGUUUCCUAGUUUCCUUUUGUGUUUUUAAAUGUCAUCGUCUUCCAUCCCAUCCCUCUAAGCUGUGGAUUUCUCUUCACUCCUCCCUACUCGUCUUAACCAACACUUCCUGUUUGCUGUCACAUCACCAGUGAUGUCAUAUAUUGUGGGCGGAGUCUCUGCCCCACAUUCUUAGGGAUUGGUAGGGAGGGGGUGGGGGGUGCUGUAUCUGUGAAAAGCGCUUCUGUAAAAGUAAAAAAAAAAAAUGUAAACAAGAACCAAUAAACGCAUAGGCAGACACCUCA